AGAAGACAAGCUGUCUGGAGGGUGUUAUGUUGGAUCACUCUUCCGUUUGCCUCCACCCUGGGGGGAAAGACUUUGAGAAGAUGGAGAACCAGAGGGGAGCACUGCCGGGAUAUGGCCGCUGGGAAGGAGAAGAGGGGGACGAGGAGGAUGAGGUGGCUCCCGGUGCUUCUCCUUCCAGCCAAAUGAGUGAGCUGGAGGAUGUACAGGUGGAGAUGCUCGAGAAGGCAAGGGAGCUCUUCCAGCUAUGUGACAAGGACGAGAAGGGCUUUAUCACCAAGGUGGACAUGCAGCGGCUCCAGAACGAGCUCCCCCUUACGCCUGAGCAGCUGGAGACUGUUUUUGAUAGCUUGGAACAGAACAAUAACGGAUACCUGACGCCUGUGGAGUUCAGCAUGGGACUAGGGAAGUUAAUAGGGAUUGAAUUGUGUCAAGGAGGUGGGAGCACAGAUCACUCCAGACACGAAGAGACCUUUGAGUCGGGCUGGUCAGAUGAUUUGGACCAGGUAGAUGAUGAAGAGAAGCGAUUCUGUACCAUGAUGGAGCAGCUUGGAGCAGCCCAAGUGUUUGAUGAUCCAAGUGAGGUUCGGGAGCUCUGGGCCCGGCUGCGAAAGGAGCGUCCAGAGCUUUUGUCCAGUUUUGAGGAGUUUCUGUUGCGUGUUUCAGCAUACAUCAGGGAGGCACAUCACGAGAAAGAGUCUAUGGAGCAGGCACUGAAGCGGAAGGAGACAGACCAUGACCGAGAAGUCAGGUGCCUUUAUGAAGAAAUGGAGCAACAGAUCAAAGCAGAACGGGAGAGGCUAAUUGGCCAGGAAACCCUGAGGCAUGACAGAAGUAACCUGCUUCAGAAGGAACUGCGUAGCAAAGAGCAGGAGUUAGAGAAAAUCCUCUAUCGCCAGAAGAAGCUGGAACAUCAGCUACAAUCUCUGAACUCGGAGCAGCUGCAGACCCGGGUGCAGAAUGAAAGACUCCGGCAUCUGAAUGAAAACCUUCUGGAGGAGCUGGAGAAAAGCAAGUGGGAGCUGGAGGUGGCGAAGGGGCAAUUACAGAAGCUCCGGAAAGAGGCCCAGAUCGAACAGGAGCAGAAGGAUAGGGAUGUGUUUAGAGUCUCCAAGAACAUGCAGAAGGAGAAACAGAGCCUCCUGCGACAGCUGGAUCUCCUCAGAGAGAUGAACAAGAAACUCCGAGAUGAGCGAGACACUUUUGAAGCCAAGAAGCUGGCGCCUCAGAGCAAAAAAACCCUGUUGAAGAAAGGGUCAGUGCUAGGCAGUUAUCUGCUGGACGACAAGCCGGUUAAACGACAACUGACUUCUGCGGACCUUCCCUUCACCUUCCCUGUGGAUGUGGCAAUGGAAGAACCCAAUAGGAAGAACUGUAAAUAUUUCCCAUGCAAUGGGACAGAGUUUAAGGUGGGAAAAGACAUGACCUUUGGAGGGAAGAGCAGAGGUGAGGAGAGAUGGUCGGCAACAACAGACGCCGAGAGGCUGAAGAUUGCUUUGAAGAGUGAUACUGACUGCAGAAAAACAGCAGAUGGAUCAGAUGAUGCUCCAUUGCCUCCCAGAGGACAGCCCAUUGGCACAGAAACCAGGCUCCAAGCACAGGAAACAGCCAGUUGUUCCCCAGAUCGCAUAUUUAAAGUUGUUUUUGUGGGCAACUCCGGCGUUGGGAAAAGUUCCUUCAUCCACCGCUUUUGCUAUGACAGGUUCUUGGCAGAUCUCAAUGCAACCAUUGGUAUUGAUUACCAGGUGAAGAAUCUGAUGGUGGAUGACACCCAGGUGGCCUUACAGCUUUGGGAUACAGCUGGACAAGAGAGGUUUCGGAGCAUUACCAAGCAAUAUUUCCGGAAGGCGGAUGGGAUCCUGGUGAUGUACGACAUCACAGCUGAGUGCUCCUUCACGGCAGUGCGGAACUGGAUGAGCAGUGUCCAGGAAGGUAUUGAGGAUGGAGCUGUGAUCUUUCUGCUUGGAAAUAAAACGGAUGCGGUGCCAAAAGGGGCCCGGCGAGUGCCCAAGGUGGAGGGGGAGAGGCUGGCAAAGGAAUACAAAGCUGUCUUCUACGAGUGCAGUGCUAUGGCUGGCUGUAACAUCGUGGAGCCCAUGCUGCACAUGGCCAGGUUGCUGACAGCUCAGGAAGACAGGCAGAGGGAGACUGCCCUGCACCUGGAAGACGUCAGCAGGUGGAGAGGGUGCUGCACCUAAGGCACGUCAGUAAGUUCACA